CCGCCGACCCCAGCGCGCUGUGCCUGCGCGGCCCCCGCCCGCCGCACCGAGCCCGUGGGCCCCGGCGGAGCGAUGCUGCUGCUGGCGGCCGCCUUCCUCGUGGCCUUCGUGCUGCUGCUGUACAUGGUGUCUCCGCUCAUCAGCCCCAAGCCCCUCGCCCUGCCCGGGGCGCAUGUGGUGGUAACAGGAGGUUCCAGCGGCAUUGGGAAGUGCAUUGCUAUCGAGUGCUAUAAACAAGGAGCAUUUAUAACUCUGGUUGCACGAAAUGAGGACAAGCUGCUGCAGGCAAAGAAAGAAAUUGAAAAGCACUCUAUUAAUGAUAAACAGGUGGUGCUUUGUAUAUCAGUUGAUAUCUCUCAAGACUAUAAACAAGUAGAGAAUGUCAUAAAACAAGCACAGGAGAAACUGGGUCCAGUGGACAUGCUCAUCAACUGUGCAGGAAUGUCACUGUCAGGAAAAUUUGAAGAUCUUGAAGUUAGUACUUUUGAAAAAUUAAUGAGCAUCAAUUACCUGGGCAGCGUGUACCCUAGCCGAGCGGUGAUCACCACCAUGAAGGAGCGCCGGGUGGGCAGGAUCGUCUUUGUGUCCUCUCAGGCGGGACAGUUGGGAUUGUUCGGGUUCACGGCCUACUCUCCAUCUAAGUUUGCUCUAAGGGGAUUGGCCGAAGCUUUGCAGAUGGAGGUGAAGCCGUAUAAUGUCUAUGUCACAGUUGCCUACCCGCCAGACACAGACACCCCUGGGUUUGCCAAAGAAAAUGAAACAAAGCCUUUGGAGACUCGACUUAUUUCAGAGACCACAUCUGUUUGCAAACCAGAACAGGUGGCCAAACAAAUUGUUAAAGAUGCCAUACAAGGAAAUUUUAAUAGUUCCAUUGGCUCAGAUGGGUACAUGCUCUCGGCCCUGACCUGUGGGAUGGCUCCCGUGACUUCCAUUACUGAAGGGCUCCAGCAGGUGGUCACCAUGGGUCUUUUCCGCAUUAUUGCUUUGUUUUACCUUGGAAGUUUUGAUAGCAUAGUUCGUCGUGGCAUGAUGCAGAGAACAAAAUCUGAAACUGCAGACAAAACUGACUGAUUCUUAUCCCUUGGAAAAAGACUGUUUCCAAAUAAUUUGAACAGCUUGCUGCUAAAUGGGACCCAGUUUUUGGCCUAGAGACAUACUUAUGUUUUGUUUGUUUUUGAAUAUGUGAGAUUGGACCAGUGCUCUUCAGAAAUCUGUCUAAAAGCAAGGGGAUAGAAGUUCAACUCCAGACAAUAUUAAUAAUACUAUGCAAAUAUGGAAUAGGAGACCAAUAGGGCUCGGAAGUGGAGAAGUGAUGGUAUGAGAACUAAUAGCAUGUGAACAGGGUAAGAACAGAAUUCCAGAACAAUAAUUUAAACUUUUUUUCUAUUUAUUCUUUUUCCCCCUAUAUAGAUAAAGUUCCAGAAAUGUACUUUAUGGCACAUAAGAAGUCUUGAGGAAUUUUUUUUAACUUUCCAUGAAAGGCAGUUUAUGGGUUUCUGGGGCUUUUCUUCUUUUCUUUUUAGCUUGGUGUAUUUUAUUCAAGAUGACUUUCACACAUUGCCAGGGAGUCUGAAUGUCGCUAACACCUCUGUGUUGUACUCAGGACUCACUCUGCUGCUGGUAGAAACUGGCUUCUCUCUCUCUUUGAUCCCAUAAAGCUACACAGGAGAUGGGAGAGGGCAAGGCUGCAGAAGGUAAGGAGAUACAUAUUUCCCAGUAGGAAAAACAAUGCUUUCUUGUCUUCUUCAGACUUGAACACUUAUGGAACUUUUCAUUUUUUGUUCAUGGGGAAAGGCAAACUCCUUAUGUUUUCUGAAGGUAAAUAAAAUCUUAGAAGCCUAAAAGUUUACAAUUUCUUUUAAAUAGCCAUGAUAACCCAAAGUUCACCUGUUCCAUUUUAGUGUCUGCUUAUUCUUCCCAUCUCUUCCUUUGCAAUUCUGUGUAUACUGCUAUAAUAUUUUUGUAAAAAAGAAAGAAAAGAAAAAAA